AUGGUGUUUUUUAUCCGUGUUGCGGCAAAUGUGCGGGGCGGCAACCGCAACAUUCGCCUGCGGUUCGCCUCGCACCCGACGCUGCGGGAGGUGGCCAGUGCGGCGGAGGUGUACUUUGCGGCAGCCACCCUGCAGCCGUUGCCAUCCUUCGAGCUGGAUGCGCUGGUGCUCUUUGACGAGUAUGCCUUUGCGUGGGUGGAGCUUUACAGCGCCGCGCAGCUGUCCACUGACUGCCAGCUCUACGCCUUCGUGAAACGUGAGAGGGGCCCCCAGAUGCAUGACGGGCCGCAGCAACGACCUCGCAUGAGGCAGUGGAGGAUUGUGUGUGGCGGCGGUGAGGUUCUCCCGCCACCCGCCGCAACCAUGGCGUGCCCUGCCCCACUACCUGCGUGCACAUCGCCCGUGUUUGCCGCGCUGGACGAGAGGGACGACAGGGUGCCAAACUGCACAGGCGCGGGUGGCACGACCGACGAGAUGGACACCAGCCGCUCGCGCUGCUCCGUGUUUACCACGGGCCCUGAACGUACGGACCGCUCUGACUACUUAGCGACGAGUACGCCGUGGUGCGGCGACAGACUCCGCAGCGUUUUUAACAUCCUCGACGCCCAGGAGAAGGGGUACUUGCUCUUUGUGGAUCUAAAGCGUGCGGUGGAUGCGCAGCGCAGCGUGUUUGUGAACUACUCCGCAAAGGCGCUCCUCGCACUGGCUGACCAGGACGGGGAUGGACGCGUGUCCUACAAGGAGUGGGUGAGUUUUGCCGUCUCACACCCGACGGUGGUGGACACAUUGUUUGACGCCGUUGCCCUCGUCUCGAGGCAAGACCGGCAAGGGAAGAACUGUGAACAUGCAUCACAGCCGAACAUGACCUCGGUGGAGGUUUGCCGUUUUUCAGCGGAGGCGUACAAUCGGUCACGAGCGAUACUAACACACGAGGAGGCGCGACUGGCGGCGGACGCGGUGAGGCUAAACGCCCUGCGAGACGCAUGGGGAAAACAAAAACAAAAACGGACGAGGAGUAAAAGGUAG